UAAAGCACCACCUUUGCCCCUUCACUCAACACCAUUUAAACUCCAAACACUAGUAGAAGGUUUAGUUUUACAAACAUGGCUAGUUCCGGUGUCCUUAAGUUGGUUUCCAUGAUUCUCAUCGUGUGCAUGACGGUGAUGAGUGCACCCAAGGCAGCCAAAGCCGCCAUCACGUGCAGCGACGUGGUGAACCACUUGAUCCCGUGCUUGUCCUACGUACAAAACGGCGGUACACCCGCUGCUGCAUGCUGCAGUGGGGUAAAAGCACUCUACGGCGAGGCUCAGACCUCCCCGGACCGCCAAAACGUGUGCAAGUGCAUCAAAUCGGCGGUGAACGGAAUUCCGUACACCAGCAAUAACCUCAAUCUCGCAGCCGGCCUACCUGCUAAAUGUGGUCUCCAACUCCCUUACAGCAUCAGCCCCUCCACUGACUGCAACAAGGUGCAGUGAGGUUGAUGAUGAUGAUAUGGAAGAAGGAGUGGAAGAAGGUUCCAGCUCAGCUAGAUAAAGUAGCUAGCUAAGGUUAAAUAAGCUGUGUUGGUGUGUUGUUUUUUAGAAAAUUCCAUAUAUAAUCGGGGAAAGAAAAAAAAAAUAGAAAAUGUACUUUGUAACUGUAUUUCGUAUGUGAUAUAUAUAAUGUAUCGUAAUCUUUAAUUUUUUAGUGAUGCUACUACGUUUUAUACGAGUCUGUAAUGACAAUAGCUUUCCCUUUUCCAUAUAUAGGAAGGCUCGUUUGGAAA